CAGGUUUUUAACUAUUGGGAACCAACGCAUUACUUACAAUAUGGAUAUGGAAUGCAAACUUGGGAGUAUUCACCAAUUUACGCAAUUAGAAGCUGGGCUUAUAUACGGUUGCAUGCAAUCGUUGGCAAUGUUUUUAGCUCUUUAUUCAAUCAUGACAAGAUUAAAGUUUUUUAUGCAAUACGCGUGAUUUUCGCCGUGAUUUGCUCAAUAUGUGAAAUGUUAUUCUAUCUCUCGGCAGUAAAGAAUUUGGGCCCACGUGUUGGCCGAUAUUUAAUAUUCACAAUGUUGAUUAGUGCUGGCAUGUGGAAUGCUUCAGCUGCAUAUCUUCCGUCAACUUUUGCAAUGUAUACAACUAUGAUAGCAUUCUUUUAUGCUCUUAAUCCAGUGUCAACAACUUCUGGGCGAAGGAUUUAUCUUACAAUUUUCUGGGUUGGUCUAGGAUCACUAUUAGCAUGGCCUUUUAGUGCGGCUGCUGGUAUACCUGCUGCUAUCGAAGAAUUGGUUCUUCGAACUGCUGCGCUCAGGAACAGAUUUGAGCGAAUUAAACGAUUGAUAAUUGGCUUCAUAGUUUCAACGUGCAUGAUAUUGAUUCCUCUUGUCAUAGUUGAUUAUUAUUAUUAUAAAAAAAUUACUGUAGUUCCAUUAAAUAUCGUAAUAUACAAUGUUUUUGGCGGAAAAGACAGAGGUCCUGAUAUUUAUGGUACCGAACCUUGGAAUUUUUAUGUUAUAAAUGGCUUUUUGAACUUUAAUUUUUUGUUUAUUAUGGCUCUUAUAAGCAUACCGGGCUUAAUCCUUACUUCUGUGAUCGACCCUGGUCGUAUUUCAUCAAAGUCGACAGCUGGUCCAAUAUAUGCUUAUCUUUAUCUCAUUUUUCGACUUUUGCCAUUUUAUUUAUGGCUUUUUAUAUUUAUCAUACAACCGCACAAGGAAGAACGAUUUUUGUUUGUAGCUUAUCCUCUAAUUUGUUUAAAUUCUGCGGUUGCAAUAUUCUUAAUAAGAGGAUGGUUUGAUCGACUAAUGUCAUUUAGACAAAUGCAUAUUACAGUAAGUAAAAUAAGUAUAAAAUCAACUGCUAUUAUUAUUUUUUGUGGAGCCAUUUCGUUGGCGCGUGUCUCUGCUUUAUAUGUUCACUAUAGUGCACCCAUGACUAUUUUUAAACAUUUUUAUUAUGAAGAGAUACCUAGCCAAAUUGCGGCUCGUCAACUACAAGUGGAUUUAAUAAACAAUCCAAUUAAUCUUUGCAUAGGAAAGGAAUGGUAUCGAUUUCCAAGCCAUUACUUUUUGCCAGAUGGAGUGCGUUUAAGAUUUUUGAAAUCAGAUUUCAACGGACAAUUGCCGAAGUAUUUCAUGGAAAAAACUUACAUUGAUUUUGAUAACAAGACCAAGUUUAGUACUGAACGUGAAGGAACAUGGUUAGUUCAAGAAGGAUUUAAUGAUCGCAAUUUAGAGGAAAUGGAUCGAUAUUUCAAUGUGACGCAAUGUGAUUAUAUUAUUGAUUUGGAAUUGAAUUAUACAAGAUCUGCAUUAGAUAACAAUAAUGAACAAAAAUAUAUAACUCAAACUGAUCAAUGGAGUGAAGUUAUUUGUAAGCCUUUUUUAGAUGCAGAAAAUUCUAAUAGAAUUACAAGGGCACUUUACCUGCCACCUAUUGUCUGGCAAAAACUGAAGAGAUUUAUUAGUUAUUUGCCUCUUAGGUUAACUGAUAGCGAAACAAUCAAGACAUUAGGAAACUUGAAAUGGGGAGAUUAUUGUCUAUUGCGAAGAAAAGAUGAGACUGAAAUGAUAAGCAUAAAGGUAUGA